UUUUUAACUAAUUUAAAUUUGUAGGUUUGAAUUGUAAAAAUUUUGGUUACGUAAAACACCAGAAAUGGCUUCAGUUAAUAAAUUCGCUUUAAUCGCCCGUAAUUUAAGUACAACAUCAUCGGCUUCCCAAAUGGUAAAACCACCAGUUCAGGUAUUUGGAACUGAAGGCCGUUAUGCUACUGCAUUAUAUUCAGCUGCCACAAAAAUGAAGCAAUUAGAUCAAGUUGAAAAAGAUCUAAAAUCUUUACAAGCAACAAUGAAAAGUGAUGCAAAAUUACGUGAUAUGAUUGUUAGCCCAAUUAUUAAUCGUAAAGUAAUGGCAAAUGCCUUAAAGGAUACAACAAAACAACUGAGAAUGUCAGAAGCUACAAGCAAUUUAUUGCAAACUAUGGCCGAUAAUGGCAGAUUGAAAAGAUUAGAUGGUAUUAUCAAUUCAUUUAAUACUAUUAUGGCAGCCCAUAGAGGUGAAGUUGUAUGUGAAGUUGUUACAGCUAAACCUCUUGAUGAUUCCCAAAGAAAGCAACUUGAAGGUGCAUUAAAAAAAUUCUUGAAGGGAAAUCAAUCUCUUCAAUUGUCAGCAAGAGUUGAUCCUUCACUUAUUGGUGGUAUGGUUGUCUCAAUUGGAGAUAAAUAUAUUGAUAUGAGUAUCGCCAGCAAAGUCAAACUGUACACAGAUUUAAUUUCUCAAACAGCUUAAGAUGAAAGUAAAUACAUAUUGUUAUUUUUAAUCUAUAUAUAAAGAAAAUGUUCUGUGUUUAGAAACUUGUAAUUCAAAGCAGAGAAAAAUUAUUAAACGAAAUUACGAACUAAAAUUUCAAA